AUGGCGCUCUUUUGUGUGCUCGACGGCCAUGAAGUGGACGCUGUGAUUGAUGAAACGACGCACUUGCCACUAGCUGCCCAUGGUUGGUCCCGGCUCCUUCCUUCGCAUCGCGUCGCCGCUUCCUCCGUCUAA